AUCCCUGGUGGAGGACGACGACGCUCACAUGAAAGUCGCUCUGGGCUACAGUGAAAUGGGCGUCUCUGCUCAUCUUCAGGCAUCAAAGACUGGAAACACUCGAUUUUUCACAAGCAAUACGCACAGCUCUGUGGUUCUUCAGGGAUUCGACCAGUUGAGAAUAGAAGGUUUGCUAUGUGACGUGACGUUGGUUGCAGGGGAUGGAGAUGAAGUUUUUCCUGUGCACCGUGCAAUGAUGGCCUCCUCCUCAGACUACUUCAAAGCCAUGUUCACAGGUGGAAUGAAAGAACAGGAUCUAAUGUGCAUCAAGCUUCACGGAGUAAACCGAAUAGGCCUGAAAAAAAUCAUAGACUUUAUCUAUACAGCAAAGUUGUCCCUCAACAUGGAGAACCUGCAGGACACGCUGGAGGCAGCCAGUUUCUUACAAAUCCUUCCUGUGUUGGACUUCUGCAAAGUCUUUCUUAUUUCUGGGGUUUCUCUUGACAACUGCGUAGAGGUGGGGCGUAUCGCCAACACCUACAACCUAACGGAGGUGGACAAAUACGUCAACAACUUCAUCCUGAAGAACUUUCCUUCUUUGCUGGGAACAGGAGAGUUUGUCAAACUCCCGUUCGAGCGGUUGGCUUUUGUAUUGUCCAGUAACAGCCUGAAACAUUGCACUGAGUUGGACCUGUUCAAGGCUGCUUGCCGCUGGCUACGCUACGAAGAUGGCCGUAUGGACUAUGCCUCAAAGCUGAUGAAGAAUAUCCGCUUCCCUCUCAUGAACCCGCAGGAGCUCAUAAAUCACGUACAAACUGUGGACUUUAUGCGUACAGACAACACUUGUGUGAACCUUCUCCUGGAAGCUAGCAACUACCAAAUGAUGCCCUAUAUGCAGCCAGUCAUGCAGUCAGAACGGACAGCCAUUCGCUCUGAUAGUUCCCACCUGGUCACUCUGGGUGGUGUGCUACGCCAGCAGCUAGUUGUGAGCAAGGAGCUGCGUCUAUUUGACGAGAAGGCGCACGAGUGGAAGGCACUGGCACCCAUGGAUGCGCCUCGCUAUCAGCACGGCAUCGCAGUAAUCGGCAACUUUCUUUACGUUGUGGGUGGCCAAAGCAACUACGACACCAAAGGCAAAACGGCCGUGGACACAGUGUUUCGAUACGACCCUCGCUACAAUAAAUGGAUCCAGGUGGCAUGCCUUAAUGAAAAACGAACCUUCUUUCACCUCAGUGCUCUCAAGGGACACCUCUAUGCUGUUGGUGGAAGGAACGCUGCCGGGGAGCUAGCUACUGUGGAGUGCUACAACCCAAGGACAAAUGAAUGGACGUAUGUUGCCAAAAUGAAUGAACCACAUUAUGGCCACGCUGGGACGGUGUACGGUGGUUAUAUGUACAUUUCAGGGGGAAUCACUCACGACACGUUCCAGAAGGAGCUGAUGUGCUUCGACCCAGAUGCGGAUAAGUGGACUCAGAAAGCGCCCAUGACGACGGUGCGCGGCCUUCACUGCAUGUGCACGGUGGGCGACCGGCUCUACGUGAUCGGGGGCAAUCAUUUCCGCGGCACCAGCGACUACGACGACGUGCUCAGCUGCGAGUACUACUCCCCCGCCCUGGACUUGUGGACGCCCAUCGCUGCCAUGCUGCGAGGCCAGAGCGACGUGGGCGUGGCCGUGUUCGAGAACAAGAUCUACGUGGUGGGGGGGUACUCGUGGAACAAUCGCUGCAUGGUGGAAAUAGUACAGAAGUACGACCCGGAGAAAGAUGAGUGGCAGAAGGUGUUUGACUUGCCCGAGUCGCUAGGCGGGAUCCGAGCCUGCACGCUCACGGUUUUCCCCCCUGAUGAUAUCUCAGGCUCACCCUCCAGAGAGUCCCCCCUCUCAGCACCUUGA